AUGAUGUGGGCGACUCACAGCGGCCGGUUUGGCGUCCUCAGACGGGCGGAACCGUUUGCGCGAAUCACGCGCCAGCGCCAGCACCAGCUCUGGCACCCGUUGUCCCCGGCUGCGCGACCACAGCGCUCGCAGUUCUCGAGCACGGCGCGGAGAUGGCAGGAGCAAGCUCAAAAGGAAAUCCCGAAUGCCGGCAACGGGGAGCCGAGCAUACUGGCCAAGAUGGCCGAGUCAGCCGCCACAACACUGGCGUCUGUGGUUGUGUUGGGGGCCGGAUUUGCCCUGGCCGCCGUGGUCUACCACAAAUCUUACAAGGCUCUGCAGCUCAAGAAGAUCGCAAACGCCUUCGAGCCUGGCGAUCCUGUACUUGAGCUGGCUGCCAUUGCGAAGGAAAUCCCUGCUCCCCCCAACGCAGAGCAUUGGAUCAUGCGCCAGGAACAGUCAAAGAUCGACGCCAUCAUCACCGGCGCAGACAAAGGCCAUUAUCAUCUCAUUAUGGGUGAGAAGGGCAGUGGGAAGAGCUCGAUGCUGCUGGAAGCGAUGCGCAAGAUCAAUGGAGAUGGAUGUGCUAUGUUUGAAGCUCAUGCCGACUUGGAGAUUUUCCGCAUCCGUCUCGGAAAAGCACUUGACUAUGAGUUCCACGAGGACUACAUUGGUGGGUACUUCAGUGAGCGUGGCCCGAGGGAGAGUACCGCGUUGCUAGACAUUGAGCGAGCCUUGAACAAGCUGGAAAAGGUGGCUCUUCUGAACCGGGCAACGAAGCAGAAACCAUUGGUUGUGAUUGUCAACCAAUGCCACUUGAUCCGAGAUGAUGAAGACGGCAAGGACUUGUUGGAACUCUUGCAACAGCGUGCCGAGCAGUGGGCUGCUGCCAACCUCGUGACCAUGGUAUUCAACACGGAUGAUUACUGGGUGUAUGAGCGAUUCAAGCAAUUGGCGACCAGGAUGGAGGUCCUACCAGUAACGGACCUGCCAAAGAGCCAUGCAGUCGCCGCAUUGCAGAAGUAUCGACACCGGUACUUCAACGAGGAUGUGGAACCAAGUAUACUUGAGCAAGUCUAUGACCUCGUUGGUGGUCGAUUGUCGUUCUUGAACAGAGUCGCAAAGUCCUCCAACAUGUUGAAGACAUGCGACGAGAUCAAGGAGAUUGAGAAGACCUGGUUCUUGAACCAAUGCUGGAUCCUCGGCAGUGAAAUGGACGAUGACGUUAUGGAUCAGCAGAAAUGGGCUGCAGCAUCAAUGGUUCUAGCACAGGCGCUUGUCGACAAGGAGGAAGAGAUGGACAAGACUUACGAUGAUGUCACGGGUCACGUCCUCCCUUCUUACCCAAUGCACAAGGCACAGCAGAUCAUGACGAGGUCUGAUUUCAUACGUGAGCUAGACCGUCUUAACCUCUUUACGAUCACCAGCAAGGCCCAGGUCCGCGCCAGCUCAGUACCCAUGCACCGCGCAUUCCAAGAGAUAUGCGCAGAGGAAGGCUUCCGCCAAUUCCUUGAAGAUACCAAUGAACGAAUCGCCGCCAUCGAGUCCCUCGGCCGUACGCGAGAGCUUGUGGCAAAGGACCUUGUUUUGGGUGGGCAGUAUGAAAUCUCGAAGGGGUGGGGCGGGAUGAUCAAGGUUAACCUGAAAGAGAAGGAAGAGGAGCAGGAAAAUGACGACAAGGAUGAUAAAUGA